AUGCCAUCCUCAGAAGAUUCGAAUAAGGCAUUCAAUGAAGCCACCACCGGGGUCCUGCAAAUUUUGGCGAGAGCCUUGCAGUUGACCGAUGGUGUUGCCAGCCACCUGGACAUGGUGAAGGAAAUGGCGAACAUCAUGACUCGAGCAUUUCAAACACAUGCAUGGUCGGCGACAGUCAUUCCGCCAAUAUUACUCUUGGCAGCCAUGGAAUUGAUGGAGCACGUCGAUCGUGUUAGCCAGACAUCAUUUCUUAGUGUAGAGCGCCAUCAGUUGUAUCUCAAGGCCCACAAGGCAAUCACAGGUCUGAUCCCAGCGCCAAUUUCACAAGCUCCACCUGUCAAGCUGCCGACUGAUCCGGCGGCUCUCCCUUCAGUUGUAGCAAAGUCAAAGAAACCCGGCAGCGAUAGUGAUGAGGUGGAAAUUGUUGAGGGUAUGACCCAAAGCGAUGACCUCAGGAAGAGGAAGCGCACGUCCAGUGGCGCAACUGAAUCUGAACCGGUCGCCGCUUCCAAUCAAGCCGCCAAAGACGCCAUCGCGCUGGUAAUGGCAGAGAAUGACAUGGCCAAGGACGUUGCGCCGGGAAAUACAGAUACAAUGCCCACCAGGCCCAAGGGCAAGCCAAAAAGCAAGCAGGUAGAGAUAGUAAUCUUGUCCAGGUCUGACAUCACAAUGGACAGGAAAGGCAAGGGAAAGGAAGUUGUGCUGCCAGUGGAGAUGGACUGGCGGGAUCAUGGGUGGAAGAAGUCUAGAGCUGUUAGUUCUAACAGGCCGCCAAUCAAGGGGAAUCAUUUAUCUACCGAAUCGCCACCGAUGGCACCCGCCGGUGAUCAAUGGAAACCAUGGUAUGAGGCACAGAAACAGGCGAGUACUGUGGCGACCAUGGUGAAACGGCAAAAAAGUCAAGGCAUGUCUAAGGAGCACCAAGUGACGGCCACCGCUGAGUCUGUCGGCGACGUUGGGAUGGCGUUGGAGGCUGAUAUCAGGGCUAAUACUACCAUUGCCGCCGUUCCACACACACCUCCUCGACAAAGUCAAUCCCCUCUGUCAUUUGCCGGCGACAUGGACAUUGACCUGGUCGGUGACACAGUUGCAAGAGAUUUGCAGGCCAUGACACUGGAGGUGAAGACUGAUUCGAAGUCCCUCCUUACGGUCGUUCAGGAUACGAUCAACGAACUCCAGACUCAGGUGGCCGAUAUCCGAACUCAGAAUGCCGAGAUGGCUGAGUUGAUUCAGAAUAUGAAUGGCCGCCUUGCUGCCCAGGAUACUGACAUCCGAGCCAUGGAGAAAAUGCAUGCCAAAAUGGCCAUAUUGCAAGAGGAGGUCAAAGCCUUGCACGCCGAAUCUCAGACUCGCGAUUCUCAACUCCGGAACGCUGAUGCAAUGUUGACUGCACAAGGAAAUUGUACCGCCGUGCUGAUGGAUGCCUAUGAAUCCAUCUGCCAAUGUGUUGUCCCGAACCAAACUGUUCCUCAUUUCAGUAAUGCUACAUUCUUUCCUCCUGCCAGUCAAUCAGCUCCAUACAGUCAAGGUAUGAGCGCCGGGCAGGCGCAGGUCAUGGAACAGCUUUAUUUCAAUUUGACACCAGUUCCAUCCACCAUCGCCGGUAACUCCGUGUCAAAUAUCGCCGAACCUUCAGGUUCCCAGAUCAACUGUCCGUCUAGUGAAUCGGCAUCUGGGAGGGGUCCCACCUAA